AGUUGCUGGGGGAGUGGGAGCGGGGGUCGGGUGUCCAAGGUUGAGAGGGCUGGUCUGCGUUCGGUGGGCUCCCUAUGGAGCCCGCCUCCGUUGGGGCACUCCUAUUCCAUUCAUCCGGCUUUUGGCCCGUGCCUUCCACUCCAUGUGCCAGCCCCCGGGUCCCCCCAUGGAGGCCUUCCCCGGGACCCCCUCAUCUCCAUUCCCCCCAGACUCCUUUUUUGCACCCUGACCCUAACCCUCCCAAGCAUCUCUACUCCCACCGCCCUUCUACCUGUGCCAUCAGCCUCCCCCUUUCCUCAAGUGCUUUUUGGGGACCCUGCACUCUCAAGAUCCUCUUUUCCCUAUAAUAGUUAAACGAGGAAAAUUGGGCCAAGCUGAGUGGGUGAGGUAUUCUUGAGGGAAAAUGAAUUUGGAUGCAGUGAUGAAUAACAACAUUUACAUGGUGUUUGAGGGCUUGCAUAGUGCUUUUCAAAUGUUACUUCCUAACUAUGUGACUCUAGGGAAGUCACUUAACCCCCAUUGCCUAACCCUUAACCUUGGAACCAAUAUUUUGCAUCAAUUGUUGGCUUGUGGUGAUGUUGAAGGAAAAUUUGAUGUUUUAUUCAAUAGAGUUCGAGCAAUUCAGAAGAAAAGUGGAAAUUUUGAUCUGCUGUUGUGUGUAGGUGAUUUCUUUGGCUCAACACCAAAUGCUGAAUGGGAGGAAUAUAAGACAGGAGCCAAGAAAGCACCCAUUCAAACUUAUGUGCUCGGUGCGAAUAACCAAGAAGCUGUCAAGUAUUUCCCGGAUAUUGAUGGGUGUGAACUGGCUGAAAACAUUACUUACUUAGGUAGAAAAGGUGUUUUCACUGGUGCCUCAGGAUUACAGAUUGCGUACCUCAGUGGGACAGAGUCCUUGGCUCAGCCUUCACCUCCUUACAGCUUUACCUCCAAGGAUGUAUGCUCACUGCAGGCAGCUUUGCGGUCCACAUCACAGUUUAAAGGUGUUGAUGUCUUAUUGACAUCCCCAUGGCCCAAGGGUGUGGGGAACUUUGGGAAUGCUUCUGGGGAUGUAGAUACCAAAAAACAUGGCUCCUCUUUGAUCUCCCAUCUUGCCAUGGACUUGAAGCCCAGGUAUCACUUUGCUGCCUUGGAAAAGACUUAUUAUGAGAGGCUUCCUUAUCGAAACCACAUAGUCCUCCAGGAGAGUGCUCAGCAUGUUACUCGGUUCAUAGCUCUGGCAAAUGUUGGAAAUACAGAGAAGAGAAAGUACCUUUAUGCAUUCAGUAUCCUUCCACUUAAUUUGAUGGAUGGGGCAGAGCUAGUGAAGCAGCCACCAGAUGUCACUGAAAACCCAUACAGAAAAUCUGGGAAGGAAGCAUUGUCAGGAAAACAGGGCCUGGCUUCACAGGAAGAACCAGCCUGUCAGUUUUUCUUUGAUUUAAGCAAAAAGCAGGGAAAGAAACGUCAGUCCACUGGGGGAGACAGCAAGAGUAUUUCCCCCAAGCAGCCUCGGAAACCACCUCAGCCCCUGGGGCCCUGCUGGUUCUGUCUCGCCAGUCCUGAAGUGGAAAAACAUUUAGUAGUCAGCAUUGGCACCCAUUGCUACCUUGCCCUGGCCAAAGGUGGUUUAUCUGAUGAUCAUGUUCUGAUCUUGCCCAUUGGUCACUACCAGUCAGUGGUGGAUCUCUCAAGAGAGGUGGUUGAAGAGGUGGAAAAGUACAAGUCUGCAGUGAGACAGCUCUUUAAAAGUAAAGGGAAGCGAUACGUCCUGUUUGAAAGGAAUUAUAGGAGUCAUCACCUUCAGCUACAGGUUGUUCCUGUACCUCUCAGCUGUUGCACUACCGAGGACAUCAAGGAGGCCUUUAUCACCCAGGCUCAGGAGCAGCAGAUUGAGCUGCUAGAAAUACCAGAACACUCAGAUAUCCAGCAGAUUGCACAGCCCGGAGCACCAUAUUUUUAUGUGGAGUUGGACACAGGAGAGAAGCUUUUCCACAGAAUUAAGAAGAGUUUUCCCUUACAUUUUGGAAGGGAGGUUUUGGCAAGUGAGGCCAUCCUCAACAUUCCCGAGAAGUCUGACUGGAAGCAGUGCCCUCGGAGCCGAGAAGAGGAGGAAGCUCUAGCCCGCUUGUUCCGGAAGCAUUUCCAGCCCUUUGACUUUGCACAGGAGGACUGACAGGAGUUCUUUCCAGAAUUACAAAAGAGAACCAGGGACCUGUCUUAAAAGUCAGCUUGGGCAUCCCGCAGGAGCUGUUUCCCUCGGUUCUAAGCCACAUCUUCUGUCUUCUCACCACUGAGUCUCCUGCUGAGCACUGAGAAUUGGAGCUCUGAGGCUCCUUCUGGCACAGGAGGCAGCAAUGCUGCUUGGAGGGAUGAAGCAAAUUCCAGAACAAAUAGCCUUGCCUGUUAAUAGCAUCUCUUUUAGAUUUCUGAUACAAAUAGCCAUUAUUCAUAUUUUGAUUUUUUUUAACUACCAAAAUAAAAAUCUACUUUGCUUGAGGGA